ACUCAAUGUAUGAUAUGAUUGCAAUACAAUAAAGUCUAUGAAAUAUUCAGUUAAAGACAGACAACACAUGUAUUGAAUUCAACAUUUAUAACGAUUAGAGUCUGUAAUCAGUGAUUGUUUAAAAAAACACAUGAAAAUGUGUCCAAAAGUGUCCAAACAGUUGUCUCCGGGAGAUAUCAUCGGCGAAGACAAACCAUUGGUCUAUAUUGUGGACAAUAAGUUCAAAGACAAACACUGUAACCACUGUUUUAAAGAGUGUCAACAAUUGAGACGAUGCUCUCAUUGCUGGCAAUUGUAUUAUUGCGGUAAAGACUGUCAAUCGAUGGACUGGAAGUCAUACCACAAGAACGAGUGUCAGAUAUUCAAACAAUUAGGCAAAUAUAUGAACAGCUAUACGAUGGAAGUGAAACUUUGUCUUCGGCUAUACUUUUUACUCAAAAUGGAUCAGUCAUUUGCCAACCAAAAACACCAACAGUUUGAUGGCACCGAAGUUUCUCUCAAUGAUAUAGACCUCAAAGUAGACGAACUAGAAGGUGAUAAUCACUAUAUGCGUGAGUUUCGUGAAGUUCGUCGACAUCUUAAAGACUGUGACAUUGUCUUUGACGGCAAUGAUCUUCUUCAUUGUCUGACAUUCAUCCAAACACAUCGCAAUCAUGCCGUCUAUCCAUUGGUACUCUUUGGCUGUUCUCAUGAGACGUUUGACAUUGGAUUAGGUCUAUACACUCGGUUCCUCACAUUGAGACACUCAUGUUGUCCCAACAGUGCACUCAUUGAACAGGGUGAGACUCGUAUUCAACUUCGUGUAUUAAAACCAUUAACCGCCGGACAAGAAGUUCUUAUAAGUUAUUUCAGUAUCGAUAAGAAUCGUAAGACACGUAAAGCUAUGCUCAAGAGGUUGUUCAUCGACUGUCAGUGUGACAAAUGCGAGAACAAUAUCGACAAAGACGUUGACUAUGAGCUCAUGGAUGAGAUGACUGAAGCUUCGCAGUCGAUCCCAAAUACGAUGUUUAUGAUAAUGACAGGCAGUUCCCAAUCAUCUGUAUUUAAAAAAUGGUUGAGUCGUUUACCUAAAUUUUUGUCUGAUUUGGAUGUAGUGUUUGGAGAGUACGGAUCUAUCAAAACAUUGGCUUUACGUAACAUAUUAGACACACUUGUGGCCAAUCGGUGUACCGAUAAAGAGCUAAUCCAAAGUCUUCUGAAAACAUUUGUUAAGGCAAUAGACAUCACUCACGGACCCAAACAUUACUAUAAAGAUAUGUCAAUGAAGACAAUACUCUCUUCUAAUUACUAUUUGUCACCCAUUAAUGCUAAAGUAUAUGUUGGUAAAUGUAUGAGUGUUAUUGUUAGAGAUAUAAUGGUGUCUAAUAAAUGGUAA